AUGAACCUCUCAGAUGAUGUGAAAGUUGUGGAAACAGCCCAUACUGGUAAAGCAGCAUUCAACAUAGAAGGACAAUAUUGGACGCACAGUUUAUCUGCAGGUGAAUAUCCAGAAUAUCAGUGGAACGAAAGCCACGUUCAACCGGGCAUUCAUCCUUAUCUUCCUCAGUUCAUGUUUCCACCACCGCAGGCAUCACAGUUCAGCCAUGAAACAGUCAGAUCAGUAUCACCUCAGCCUGGUCCAAGUUUUUCUUCUUUGGAAACAGCUGCAGCCACGUUCAGUCAGUCGCGUGAAGGCACCGAAGGCGAAUCGAGAGCUCUUGUACGCUGGUCUAGAGCUGAUGUGCUGUUGUUAAUUUCCUGCUAUGUCGAACGCAGAGAACGAUUUAAAGAUAUAAACAAAAAGAACAAGUCCCUGUGGGAAGAAAUCAGCAAAGAAUUAAAGAAGAACGGAGUGUUCUUUAAUGCCAAGGCGUGUGAGACGAAAUUGAAAAAUCUGAAGAGAAGUUAUGUUGCUUGUGUUGAUCACAACAAAGUCAGCGGAAAUGACCGAAAGAAAUGCAACUUCUAUGACGAACUUCACGAAAUAUUUUCGAAAGAUGAUGCCAUCGCUCCAAAAACAUUGUGCAGCAACAUUGAUGGUAAACGGAGCAAAGAUGCAGUCAAGAGUGUUAAAAAUUCCAGUUCCACAUUGAGUUCCACAGGUAGUGACACAGAGGAGCCUGUGGUUACAAAAGCAAAGAAAAAGAAGUUACCAGAGCGGAAGAAAAGAGAAGACCUCGUUGGGCUCUUUAAGGAAUUUACACAAGACAGGAAAGAGGAAGAAAAGGAAAAGAUUAAAAAGUUUGAAAAUAUGCACAAUGAACGCAUGGCACUCAUCGGCCGAUUUUUGAAUGUUUUUGAAAAAUCAUUGAACAAAGAGUAA